AUGGUGACUUGUUCGGCGCGCGCAUCCCGCGCCUUGACUUUUAUGCGACAGUGCCGAAGCAGCACACAAGGGCCGGCACCAGCACCAGGUCGACAAUCUCCAGUGGCCCGAACAUCCAGCCGUCAAUCCUCUCAAUUCGCACCGUCGAAUUUCACCCACGCUCCCUCGUCUCCAAAACCAUUCGAAGUCGAAUCCUCGUCCUUCCGGACUCAGUCUUCUCCUGCGGCACUCGCUACUCCUCGCCCAAGCUAUGCGCACCCGCGCGCCCGACGCUUCACCGCCACCGAGACGUCGACCAAACUCACGGCGUGGACGUGGUUCAAGACGCUCUUUGGAUGGCGGCCCAAGCCCAACUACAAGCCAGCUCCUUUCCACAUCACCAACAACCCGUACCGCGCGCGCAAGAGGUGGCCCCCGGACUUUAACAACCUCGACCCCAAGCAGCAGUUCCACUUUGAAAAGACAUAUCGUCGGCGCGCGGCGCUCAAGUGGGCGCGGCCGACGUGGAACAAGAGCAUCAAGAUCCUUCAGCAGACUUUGAUCACCUCCACCAUCAUAUACUUUGUCUUCAUCUUGGAGCCGACACACGGUCACGGCACACCGUUUGAUGGUUUCCGCGUGUGGUUCUUUGAGAAAAUCGGUACGCUCGGUCAGCUUCCCGAAUCCACAAAGGUCGAGGCGGCAAAGCUGAAAGAGGAGGCUGAGAGGAAACUCAAUGAGAGGGCCAAGGUUGAUGUCGACAACAAUUCUCCUACGACUACGAGCUGA